UUUAAUUUCGCAAUGGAACUACAUGUACAUGCAUACUGCUCUCUUCUCAACUCAGUAACUAGCUAGUCACGGGUUGCUGCUAUUUUAACCUUGCAUGCUGGCUCCAUAGCCACCUAUAUAUAUAUAUAUAUAUAUUUAUAUAUAAACCCAUCCAAAACCCUAGUCACCAACACUAGAUCGAUCUCCUCAAUCGAUCAAAGGAGCAGCAGUACUAAAUAUUAAACCCUAAAAAUCAUGGGUUUCGUUAAGCUACCCGCCGUAUUUUUCAUCUUCUUGAUCUUCAUGGUAAUAUCACUACCACCCAUCCAAGCUUGUGUUCCCUGUAAGCAGCCACAUCCUCCUGAACCACCUUACCACCGCCCAGGCCAGCCCAAACACCCACCGGGUCAUAAAAAUCCACCACACCAUGGUGGAGGAGGAGGUGGAGGUGGUGGUGGUGGUAGAGGUGGAGGAGGAGGUGGGGGAGGUGGAGGAGGAGGUAAAGGUGGUGAAGGCGGGAAAGGAGGGAAAGGAGGGAGCGGCGGAGGAGGCGGUAAAGGCGGUGAAGGCGGGAAAGGAGGGAAAGGAGGGAGCGGUGGAGGAGGCGGCGGUGGUCAUCCCAGAGCACCACCUCAUACGAAACCAUCACCAGUGAUCCCUCCGCCGGUUAUAAUAUCCCCACCUAUCGUAAACCCUCCUGUUAUUAACCCUCCAGUGACAAUCCCACCUCCUUUAACUCCCAACCCACCAUACACUCCUCCAUCAUCACCCGGUAGCGGAGGAGGAGGCGGCGGUGGAGGAAGUGCUCCCGGCCAGGGUCCUUCUCCGCCUGCACCACAAACAUGUCCAAUCGAUGCCCUAAAGUUAGGGCUUUGUGUGGACGUGCUUGGUGGGUUGGUUCAUAUUGGUUUGGGAGACCCAGUUGAGAAUACUUGUUGUCCUGUACUUGGAGGACUUCUUGAGCUUGAAGCGGCCAUUUGCCUUUGCACUGCCAUAAGGAUUAAGCUUCUUAACUUAAACAUAUUCAUUCCUCUUGCUCUUCAAGCACUAAUCACAUGUGGAAAGACUCCUCCUCCUGGUUUCAUUUGCCCUCCUAUCCAGUGAUCCUACGUACGUACGUCAACCCUAGCUAGCUAGACCAUCAUUGUGUUCAAGCGAGUUUCACUUUCGUUUGUUAAUCUCAAGUAACAUUUUAAGGUUUCAAUGUUUUGUUUUUAAGCUAUAAUUAAUCAUCUCGUUUGUUUUAAUUUGGAAAUUGUUGUUAUCUCAUCAAACUGGUAAUUUGAUUUUGUAACUUCUCGUUACUUUCAUUAUUUAAUUUGCUUAGUUAUCAUCAAUUAAUGUACUUUGACUGCAUUAAUUUCCACUCAAUCGAGAA